ACAUUUUAACUACAGUGUUUACUCCCUGUUGAGCCCAGGAGCGAUCUUCUUCGAUGGGUUCAAUUCAUCUCGUAUUCCUUGUUGGUGCCUUGCUGUGCCUAAUUAUAACUUCAACAGAUGCAUCACUUACUACAUGGCAGUGGCAGUACAACACGUCCGUCUGCUUCGACGAUGGCGAGAACGCCACACUAACAUGGCGAGUGACUCUGAACUCGGGGGAAGAGAUCGGAGCUGUGUCUAUCUGGCAACAGCAUGUAAAGGCGGGUGGAUCACCGGUCCAGAUGUAUGGAACGAUUUCAGGGAAAGAGCCAGCGUUCAGUGAUCGAGUAAUGUCGUUAUCGUACUCGGGUUCAUCUCCCGUGUAUGAUGUGGUGUUUACACUGAAGGUUAACAACAGCAAGGAUGGAUUUGGAACCAUACAGCUACAGUGUCAAAGUGCAGGUUCCACCCAGCAGUGUUAAUAUAACCCCAUCAAGCCCUACCGUGACCGAGCAUGACCAAGUGAACCUGACGUGUUCAGCUGAUGGUACUCCUCCACCAACCUUCACAUGGAUCAGCCCUCAGGGGCACAUCGUAGCACACGGACCGUCCUACACCAUUCCCAUGGUGCACCGCGACAUGUCAGGGUCUACACGUGCGUGGCUACUGACGGAUGUGAACGGAACCACACCAGGGGUGCGACACUUGCAGUGAGAUGCAAACCAAAAACACACGUCUUUAUCCACUGGCGAGCUCAUACUGUCGUGGCUCCACUAUUUCUUUCAACUGUUCGGCGACAGGGAAUCCGCGCGUCAUCCAGUACUCGCUGUAUCUUAACAACCGUCACUCGUCAAGUAGAAUGGACGGAGUCUUUAAAGACAUUUUACUUGACACUCUGGGCGAACAGUUGUUUACUUGUAUUCCAAACAACACUGUUGUAGCUGGACAAAAUACCACUGCUACAACAAUUGUGCAAGAAUUUUAUUCGUCCGUAUCCAUUGCGCCUGCGCGUACCAUCACAACAAGCGAGGGCUCGUACGUGCAGAUGACGUGCUCUGCUAGUGCUGUUGAUCUGUCAAGUAUCAACUGGAUCAAAGAUAGCGUCCCUCAAGGGAAGGGCCCAAAGCUCACGUUCCCCUCCAUAAGCAGAGAUCAAGGGGGAGUGUAUAACUGUACUGUGAUUGAAGGAUGUGGUUCAGCAUCAACGGAUAUUGCUGUUUACUUUGUAGAUAUGGAGAGGUAUUCACUCAAAUGUAUAACGUCACCAGCUGUCAUUAUCACCAUAGAAACAAACAAGACCCCUCCCCCUGACAUGAUCUGUGUGACAGAAGGAAAAACGUUACUAUCAAAACUGACUAACAAAACUGGAAGAAAAGUCACUUACGAAGUAGAAUUAGCAAGUCUAGACGAAGCUGAGGUGACAUGUCACGCGGAAGGUUUCACUGGAUCUCGGCAACAAUUCACUGUGGUCGCCGCGGCCUCUGGGCAGAAAAGAAAUGGAAGUUUCCGGAUAAAUAACGGCAAACACCCACCUAGCGAUCAAAUGAAAACAAGCAUCGAAAAACUGGUACAAGAGAGCGUCGAUGCCACUUGUAUGACUAAGGUUUCUUUGAUCUAUGGACCCGGUAGUCUAAUCGUGUACGUAACCCUGACACGUCUCAGAUCCAUUUGCAUCUCUCAAGAAUGGCUUGCUACAAAAUGCGCCGAGAUACAACUUAACGAUUGAACCGACGAGUGUUAAAAUGCAGCAAGUGAAAACUCCACAGUUGCCAAAGUUUGAUGACGUCAAUCCUACCCAUCAAA